UUACUGUUUGUUUCCAUGGGUACUAAUUCCCCACACCUGCCCUUGUUUAGUAAUUAGUGUUCCCACCAGGUGUUUUGGUUCAUCACUCCCCUUUUAUAGUUUUCAGUCAGCCAGCAUUAGUCGCUGUGUCAAUGUUCACCUUUCGCGACAUUUACGUUACUUUUUGUUUUUUCGCCAUGCUUAAGUGUUUUUCCGUUCCCUAGAACAGUGGUUCUCAAAUGGGGGUACUUGAAAGUAUGCCAAGAGGCCAGAUGUGGUACCUUGCUUCAUCACUCCCCUCCCACUUCUUCUCUUCCACCGCACAGACCUCCCCUCCCCAUCCUCGCUCUCUCGCUCUCUCACAUACACUCACAACACACACACACACACACACUCUCCUCCGGACUACACGCUGCAGCAAGCCCAGGACAAAGACUUUGAAGAGAGAUCCAAGACAAGAGUCUUCCAGCUGACGCCGCAGUGGACAUUUCCCGCCCUGGUCGGAGGACGCGUCAUCAUGAACCCUGCCUGCUACUUCUUGCCUGUUGCUCUCAUUCUGAUGGUGAGCCCCGCCUCCAUUACUGCAGUUUCAACCAGAAGGUGUCAUUCCAUCUACAAGAGCUUUGCCCGUUGUCUCAUGGCUUUGGGCGACAGUAUGACGGACAACACAGGCAAGGGCGAAGACACACAUGAGAUACAUUCCAUCUGCAGGUCUUGGGAUGAGUUUCAUGACUGUGCCAACGCAGCGAUGGCCGGCUGUCCGGAAGAAGCAGCGACCGUGUGGGAGUCUCUCCGCCAGGAAUCCAAGAAGAUGCAGUUUUCAGGAAACCUCUACGACAUGUGCUCCAACCGCAACAGUCACACAUUAUCCACCGCGUCCCCACGUGGUUCCCACAUCCAGGGAGAGCUCAAUCAAGAGUCUUUAAGAGGGCGAGUCAGUCGUGUGUCAGUCUGCUACCGCCUUCUCCUGCUUAUGUCUUUUCUUCUGCUACACCUGCUUUAAAGUCAACUCCCUCAACAAGGGGACUUUGGAAAAUAUAUGAACUAGGUGCAUCCUCCUCUCCGACGUCCAGUCCUGUUCACCUUUUCCUCAUCAUUAGCAGAGAGGAUUGCACGCUUUCUUUCUGUAUUUCAUAAUCUCUUUUCAUACAGGCAUAACAGGACACUGUGCUGAGCUGCGACAUGUAUAUACGGUCGUUAAACAGAUGUGUGUAGCAGCUGAGGCAGAAGAGGUGUACACAAAUGCUCCUCUGCGACCGCAAAUUGUCACUGUGUUCUCCCGGGACUCCAUGCUUGAUAAGUUCGACCCAGUUUAUGAGCCAACGCAUAACAUUCCUGGAUUGAUCAGAUCCCACUAGAACAGGGGUAGGGAACCUAUGGCUCUAGAGCCAGAUGCGGCUCUUUUGAUGACUGCAUCUGGCUCUCAGAUAUCUCUUAGCUGACAUGGCUUAACACGAUAAGUAAUUAAUCAUUUCGCUGGUAAAAUAACGUUGAAAUUAUAAAACAUUCUCAUGCAUUUUAAUCCAACCAUCCGUUUUCUAUCGCACCUGUUCAAGAUGUCGCAUUAAUGAUAAGAAGCGUUAUAUUUAUUAUUGGUUAACUUUUAGAAUAUCAAUGUUAUUAAAAAGAAUAUGACACUUAUUAUACUCUAAAAAUGUUGGUCUUACUUAAAAAUGCACACAUUUAUUUGGAUUCAGUGUCCAAAAAUAUUACAGU